UGUCCGCUUUGCGCAUGCGUGGUUUCCUCUGCUCGGAUGGCGACCAUUGGCACUUUGUUGUCCUACUCCCCGUUUCACACUGCAUGAUAAAACAAAAGGGUGACAAAUAGCACCAAAACAUAAGACGUUGUGUUUCGCCGUUAAGCUGUAGUUUGUAGACAGACUGACACAGGAAGCUCGAUGUCGGUGGCAAAUGCGAAGUAUAGUGUCCUGAAACCGGUGAUUCCAUACACAGGAUCUAUACCUGGAGGCCUGCACCCUGGAGAGAUCAUCAUCAUCCAGGGCACCGUGCAGCCAGAUGCUGACAGGUUUCAGAUUGACUUGUCCUGUGGCGGCAGCACCAAGCCACGCUCCGACGUGGCCCUGCACUAUAGCCCUUGCUUCAAGGGCUCACCCUGCGUGCGAUGCAACUCCCUGUUGCAGGAGAGGUGGGGUCAAGAGGAAACGAUGCCGCGGCUGCCCUACAAGUGUGGCGCCCCGUUCGAGACCAUCAUCCUGGUGCACAAAGAUGCCUUCAAGGUAGCAGUAAACGGCGCUCACCUGUUGGAAUACAAGCACAGAGUCCCACUAAAGAGGAUAAACACACUUUCCAUGUCUGGGAAAGUCCAAGUGCAAGCUAUAGGCUACAUCCCAAACUCGGCAAUAUACUCGGAGUCUGGUGACCUGAGCGUCCCCUACAAAGGCAGCAUCCUAAAAGGUCUGAGCCCUGGGCAGCACAUCACCAUCAAAGGACAGAUCAGCAUGUAUCCUCACAGUUUUACAGUCAACCUGCGCAACAGCAGGACAGAGAACAUCGCGCUCCACCUGAAUCCUCGCAUGAAGUCCAGCACGUUCGUCAGGAACUCGUACCUGAAUGAAUCCUGGGGUCAGGAGGAGCGGGAGUUGGUCUUCUUUCCCUUUUCCUCCGGAGAUUACUUUGAGAUUCUCCUCCUCUGCCAGGCGCAUCAGUUCAAGCUGGCGGUGAACGGCUCGCACUUGUUUGAGUUCAGACAUCGGGUGCAGGACCUGAGCAGCAUCGACCAGCUGGAGAUCAUGGGAGACCUGGAGCUCAUGGAUGUCAAAUUGUGGUGAAUAAACUGAUGGUUUGGGCAUCCAAUUCUCAUAUUUUUAGCCUUUGUGCCGAGUAAGGACCAGUGAGAGGAAGUGUUGCUUUAGAAUAUUGCAGCGUGAGCCUACACUUUGCUCCAUCACAUUUAUUUCGCUCAGUCUCAAUGUUAAUCAAAUGUGUAAAGCGUCCAUGGAGCGUUUUGUAGCUUUGCUAACCAGCCAGGCACUACACUCCAAAGCCACAAAGUGUGUUGAGAAACAGCGGAACCUGAAGUUAAAAAGCACCCAUCGGAGUUUGACCUACAUUUUUUCAGGCGAGUCUUUAGUGUGAGCUAAUGGAUGUAAAAAAUUAACAUUCAGAGUCAUAUUUCCAUGUAGUACAGCUUGGAUCAGUAUUUUUCAACAAAGCCUACAUGAAGGUUGUUGGCUGUAAGAACUUUGACUUGACAUUAACAUACUUUUGGGGAGAGAAUUAAUACUUUUCCAGUCACUAGUAUUUCUGCAACUGUGCAUUGAUAAAUCUAAAGGAGUCCUGUUUUUUAUUUUAUGAAAAUAUGUAAAUAUUUUUUGUCUUUCAUCUACUUAAAAAAAACUGUGCAGGGUCAUGAGUUUUUGUAUUGCUGUGUAAUGCAAUGGCAAAAUGUCGCCACAAAGUGUCAGACCAGAGCUGCAGACUGCCCAAAACACUCAAAGCAGGUUGUUUUUCUAGCUGAAUAAAAUGUAUGCACAUAGCAAAAGGUUAUGGCGUUGAGGAUAAACGCCCUCAACUAUAUUAUACUGGCUGGUAGACCACAAGGCUCAAUAUAAAAGCUGGGAUUUGAUAAAAAGUAGGUGAUUUAUUUAUAUCCACAGGAAAUAUAAUUUGGUACAACUCAUUUCCCCCAACAUAAAGCAGGAUGAUAUGCAAUAUGAUGACAUCCACCAUUGCACUGCUGAGAGUGUACAUGGAAAAAAGGCAGAAAAACACUGUCCAAUCAGCAACAGGCAAAUAGGUGUAAAUCUGUCUGCUUGGGAAAGAAAACUGAAAGCUGACAAAUUCAGCUCUUUUCCCCCAAAACGUGUCAAAAUAGUUCAAAUAUAUUUUUUCCUUUCAAACAAACAUUGUGCAGAUUGAAGAUUUCCCUUGAAGUCCAGAAGAGAGAGAAGUGUGUCAGCACAGCGGAGACUAUUGCUGCGUUCUUUCUGUUCAGGUCCAUUUCAGCCACCAUGUUGGUGAAAACCUGAAACACUUGCUCGCUUAUCACAUUGUGGCACAUUUUGGGGAGCGUGCAACUGCUGUCAGACAGAGCUGAGCUUAACCAGUCCUCUGACAGAAUCCUCGUGCAGCGAGUCCUGGCUAGCUGGGUUGUAGAAGCCGGCCUGCACAGUGUGGCUGUGGCCCAGGGGGCUGCUGCAGGGAAGCAUACCUGGGGGGGAGGGCAAGUCCUCCGGGGUAAGAUAGUGGUGGUGCGACACCUGGUCCUGGAGGGGCCAACUGUGGUUGUGUGUGUGGCCGUGGGAGUGAAUUGGCAACAUGUCGCCGGACUCCUUGCAACUGAGGCUGGGUGUGGAAGUCGGUGGGGUGGGCUGCCCGAGCGGCAGCGAUGUGCAGGGACCCCCCAACCCGAGUGAGGUGCGGCUCGGGACGGAGCCUCCGUUUUCUGGGGGGGUCGUCAAGAUGACUGGCUCAUUCACCUGGUGAUGGAGGAGAGGAGUGGCAGCGGCCUGCAAAACGAAUUUAGUGCUCUGAAUGCACUGGUCUUGGUCACACUGGGAGCACACGGCGGCGUAGAAAAGAAGAAUAUGGAGGGGAUGAGAGCAGAAAUGGAAGAAGAAAGAGAGGGGAAAUGUGAUUGGAGAGAGAAGAAAAAGAUGUUAGUACCCUCGUUAGCAUGUUGAACCCAUAGAGAAGCUGUCCUGUACACCACUAAAAAACGUGAAUGCAAGGUGAAACCCCAAGUUUCUGUCUGCAACUUUGCUAUAGAGCAGUGGUCCCCAACCUUUUUGUAACUGCGGACCAGUCAACGCUUGCAAAUUUGUCCCCCCCCCCACUGACAAAAAAAAUACAAUCAUGUGUGCUUACGGACUGUAUCCCUGCUGACUGUAUUGAUCUAUAUUGACAUAUAAUGUAGGAACCAGAAAUAUUAAUAAAGAAAGAAACAACCCUUUUGUGCGAAUGAGUGUAAAUGGGGGAGGGAGGUUUUUUGGGUUGGUGCACUAAUUGUAAGUGUAUCUUGUGUUUUUUAUGUUGAUUUAAUAAAAAAUAAAAAAAAUGUAAAAAAUGUUUUUUAUUUUUUUAUUUCUUCUUUGGCCCGGUACCAAUCGAUCCACGGACCGGUGGUUGGGGACCACUGCUAUAGAGGGAAAAGUGCAUCCUGGAAAGUGGAGCAUUGAAAGCAGAACUAUUCAACUGGCGGCCUUGGAGCCAAAUCUGGCUCAGGAAUGACACCAUACCGGCCCCACAGUUUAGAACAAAACUUGAAAGACAAACAUUUUUGCAGCAAAUUCCUAAAAACACAAACGUGCUCUUGUUGUACAGAGGAACUUGGACCACAAACACAUUGGCAGAUCCUUGCAUUGACAUUUUAACCUUGCUAGCUAACAUAGAACACCAGGGUCCAAAUGACUGAUUUACAUAAUUAAGGUGUUCCUCAAGGUACCCGUUUUAGUACUCUGCUUUUCGGCAGUUACAUUUUUUUGUUAUUGAGAUGUAUUUAACUAAGGUGUUGUUAUAGUGUGUUUACUUCAGAUGCAUUCAGUCAUCAUUUGUUCAACGUCUUUAGUUAUACAAGUGGUGUUCCUCAAAGUUCAAUCUGAGGUCCUCUCUU